GACAACCCUCACAUACCAUACCGUCACACGACUGAAUCAAUCACUUACUUUUCAUCCCUUCACAAUUCAAGUCGCUUGCUGACUCUUUUUUCGACACGCUACUCCAAACGUUUGACAAGCUGCCUUCAAUCUUUUCAAAGCUACCACAUCCUUUUAUUUCCACCGCCCCAGACCCUUGACGAACACCACAAAAGAUCCAUACCUCAGUGAACCGACAGUUGGAGACGGUUUCACCCCCACACGUCACCAUGUCCAAGAGAACCAGCAGCCUGGCCGCCGGCGGCAGCGAUACUAGGGAUAGCACCAGCGACAAGCCCGGCUAUGACAAGCAAAAGAAGCUCCUCUCGGCCGACGUCGGCCACUUCUCGCUAGUGCGCGCCCUGCACAUGGCCGACUAUAUCACGGCGCUCAACGGCCUGUGCGGCAUCAUGUCCAUCUUCUCCUCGAUGCGCUACUGCCUAGGCGACCCGAGCGACACGGGCAACGCCUACGCCGCCCUGGCCUUCCUCCCCUUCGGACUGUUUUUCGACUUUAUGGACGGCAAGGUCGCCCGCUGGCGCAACAAGACUAGCCUGAUGGGCGCGCAGCUCGACUCACUUGCAGACUUGAUCUCAUUCGGCGUCGCCCCGGCCGUCGUCGCCUUCGCCAUCGGCAUGCGCACGCCGCUCGACCACCUCGGCCUGGCCUUUUACGUGCUCUGCGGCCUGACGCGCCUGGCCCGCUUCAACGUGACCACCGACGACAUACCCAAGGACGCCACUGGCAAGGCUGCCUACUUUGAGGGCACCCCGAUCCCCACCAGCCUGGCCCUCGACGGGCUCAUGGCCUACUGGGUCCGCUCGGGAGCCAUCCACGACGCCAUCCCGGGAGGUCUGUGGCUGGCCGGCACCCAGUUCGAGUUCCACCCCAUCAUUGCCGUCUUCAUCUUGCACGGGUGCUGCAUGACGAGCAAGACUAUCCACAUCCCCAAGCCUUGA